CAACAAUUAAAGUUAAUUAGUUCUUAAUAUGAUAUCAGAGCAUUCCGUGACACAUAGAUUUUAUGUUCGAAUCACGAUGAUCAGUAUUUAACGAGUAUAUUAGUAAAUGACAUACGAUGAUCAAUAGUUGAACUGUCUCCAAACAAUUCGACUUAUUUGAACCUACAACAACAAUUGUUUCUCUCUCUUCCACCCCUGUGGUAUCUUUCUCUAUAUAUAUAUAUACGUAACCCACAUUCCUCUUUCUCCCAACAUACCUAAACCCAAAACUCAACCAUCUUGCUCACUUCGAUCUCCACAAACACACACUAACUACUCGAUGGAGGCAGCAGCCGAUCACAAACCCGCUAUGUCAGUCCACAACACCACCGUGGUUAUCAUCGGCGCCGGCCCCGCCGGCCUAGCCACCUCCGUCUGCCUCUCCAAGCUCUCCAUCGCCAACACGAUCCUCGAGAAAGAGCACGUCGCUUGCUCCCUGUGGAAAAACCGCGCCUACGACCGCCUCCGCCUCCACGUCGCCAAGCAAUACUGCCACCUCCCCUUCGCGCCACCUCACUCGUCCUCCCUCCCGACCUUCAUGUCCAAGGACCAGUUCGUGUCCUACGUGGACACCUACGUGUCCACGUUCCGCAUCAAACCCACGUUCGACCGCCACGUCACCAGCGCGGCGUACGAUGCCGGGACGGGGAAGUGGAGGGUGGAAGCGCAGGCCGCGGGCGGGAGGAGGGAAGUCUACGUGGCGGAGUUUUUGGUCGUGGCGGCUGGCGAAAACGGCGUGCCGUUUUUCCCGAGAGUGGAUGGGAUGGAAGGGUUUGGUGGUUUGACGGUUCACUCCAGCGGGUACAGAAACGGGUCGGGUUUCGCGGGGAAGGACGUGUUGGUGGUCGGGUGCGGGAAUUCGGGUAUGGAGAUCGGGUUGGAUCUGUGUAACCACGGAGCUCGUGUCUCUAUUGUAGUGAGGAAUCCGUUUCACGUGGUGACGAGGGGAAUGGUGUAUUUGGGAAUGCGAAUGAUGAAAUACAUGAAGAUGGAGUACGUGGACUCGAUCGUUGCCUCCGUGGCGAACUUGUACUACGGUGAUUUGUCCAAGUAUGGGAUUCACCGCCCCUCCGACGGACCUUUCACGUACAAGUCCACCGCCGGCAAGACUCCCGUCAUCGACGUCGGGACCAUCGACAAAAUCCGCGCCGGACAAAUUCAAGUAGUUCCAGGAAUCAAGAGAGUGAAGGGAAGGAACGAGGUGGAGUUCGCGGAUGGAACGACGCGUCGUUUUGAUGCCAUUGUGUUUGCUACUGGUUACAGAAGCUCUGCAAAUAGUUGGCUCAAGGACUUCAGGUACAUAUUUAACGAGGAGGGGAUGCCGAAGAAUCGAACGCCAGACCACUGGAAAGGAGAGAAUGGGAUUUACUGUGCUGGAUACUCGAAGAUGGGUAUUAAUGGAAUUUCCAAUGACGCCGAAGCAAUCUCUCAGGACAUCAUGAGCCAAAUUAUGAAGAACAACUAAGUCGUCGGUGAAGUAAUUUCAAAGAAUUAGUGUGCAAUAAGGGGAUUGUAUAUACAGAAAUAAUAGUUGUUGAGAUUCGAGUCAUUGUAUAGUUUGGAAAUUAAGUUCGUUGAAGAGGCUGAUCCUGAUAUGAAAUAUGGGGGUUCUUGUCCGAUCUCUCGUGAGUUGUAGUGUUGUGAUGUCUUGUUAAAUAUGAUUAAUAUAUAUCCUUAUUAAUU